UUUCCAGAACAACCCAUCCAUUCCGUCGUGACCAUCUGAGAUCGCCGUCUUCUCCCUUAUCGCUCCUUCCAAGCUCCGACGAUGUCCGCCCGACUCGCAUCACGAGCCCUCGCGCUCCGGCAACCAGCCAUAUCGACCGCGUUCCGCAGCACGCGAAGCUUCCAGAGCACAGCGCGUCUGGCUCAGGUGGCGGAGGCUGCUCCGAAGAGGCCGGUGGGGGCUUUUAGAGGAGGUCUGCUAGGCUUCCUCCUCGGCUCCGUCCUCGCCGGCAGCGGAAUGUACUACUACGUGAUGGAAGAAUACCGGGUGUCGAACAGCCUGUUGACCCAAGAUAUCUACGCGUUGCAGAGCGCGGUACAGAGGACCGAGGCGUAUGUUCGGACGCUGGAGGAGAAAUAUGGGAAGAAGUAGGGAGUCCCGAGGUGGGGGAUGGAGUUUGAUAUCUGAACGGCGUUUAUUUCGAUAUGGUGGUGCGGGAUAGCAUGCACGAUUCUCGACGAUUUGAGCGUUUGGGGUCAUUGGGGCGCAUGUACGAAUAUCGAAACGUCGAUAUCCCACGGAUAGGACGCGGGACGGAAUGAAGGGUGAUGAGCAGCCCGAUGCGUUCUUCGGCGUUCACCGAUAUACAUACAUUGAAGAUACUGAGCGUGAAUGCAUCCCACCAGACCCAUCUAUCUCAUGCACCUCCGAAUGCUAUCUAUCGAACCGCCCCAACCUGCCGACCAGUCAUGUAACCAGCCAUACACCCCAUAGCAUGCAUACAUCAUUCAUGAAACGUACCAACGCCCCAAUCCCAAACCUAAAACCCUCACAUCUUCUCAGCAUUGUCUCUCAUCUCCUCCUCCAGCAACGCGCGAUACUCCCGGA